AUGUCAUUUAUUUCAUUUACAUCCCCACAUUUUACUUCAUUAAAUCUUAUUGAUAAUCAUCUACUUGAACGUUUUGAACGUGCUGGAAUUAAAAAUUUAAUAGAUCUUUCAGCAUAUACAUCACUUGAACUUUCAUUUAAAUUUCGUUUAUCUAUUUUUCAUGCUGAAGAAAUUCUUGAAAAAUUAUUUUCAACAUUAUCAAUACAAUCAAAAAAUGUCUAUGAUAUGUUAAUACAAACAUCAUCAUUAUAUAUUCCAACAACAUUACCAACACUGAAUCGUCAUCUUAAUGGUGGUCUACGACGUGGUUUACUUAUUGAAUUAUGUGGAUCAUGGGGUAGUGGUAAAACACAAUUUUGUCUUCAUCUUACUGCUCAAUGUUGUUUAAUGGGUUUACGUUCAAUUUAUAUUGAUACUGAACAUACAUUUUCAUCACUUCGUCUUUUAAAUAUGAUUGGUGAUUUUAAUAGUAAACAAGAACAUUUACUUGAACUUGUUCGUACAGAAACUGUAUUUGAUUCGGAUUCAUUAAUGAAUAUAUUAUCACAAAUUGAAAAUGAAUUAGAAGAUGACUUUAAAAAUAAUACAAGAGAUCAAUAUCCUAUUUUAUUAAUUAUUGAUUCAAUUGCUGCUCCAUUAAGAAUGUCUACUAUGGGUUAUAAUCGAGAUAAUACACUAUUAUUAUUUACUGAUUGUGCUAAACGACUUGCUGCACGAUAUAAUCUUCUUGUUUUAGUAACAAAUCAAGUUACAACAAAACGUCGUUCAAAUGUUUUGACAGAAAAGACUGAUGACUCUUUAUCACUAACGACUCAUAAAAAUACAGGAAAUGAUUUUUAUAUGAGUGUUGCUCUUGGUAAAGCUUGGUCAUAUUCUGUAAAUGUUCGUCUUGCUAUAUCAUAUCAAGGUGAUACACGUCGACAACUUAUUGUUGGUAAAUCAAUUGAAUCACCUGGUUAUACAAUACCAUUUCGAAUAUUAACAAAUGGUUUAGAAGAGAUAGAAGAUGUAAAUAUUAAUAUUGAAAAACAAUCUUUGAAAAAACAUGUUAUACCACAAUUAAUUCAAGCUGAUGAAAUGCAUCUUGUCGGAAAACAAUUGCGAUAUUGA